AUGGGGGCCAAGCGAGACGCCAUCCUGCUGGCACUGGAGAACCUGACCCCUGAUGAGCUCAAGAAGUUCAAGCUGAAGCUGGGGGCUGCAACCCUGCGCGAGGGCUACUGCAAAAUCCCGAGGGGGGCCCUUGGGCGGAUGGACGCGGUGGACCUCACUGACCAGCUGGUGGCCCACUACCGUGAGGAUUACGGUGCCGAGCUCACCAGGUCCCUGCUCCAAGAAAUGGGCAUGCAGGAAGAGGCCGAGAUGCUCAAGGCGGCAUGA